GCACGCGCAAUUGUAUCAGUUGUGGCCUACGGUUGUGGGAGUCGUCCAGGUCCAACGCCUUCUCCGGGAUCGUGCCCGCUCUGUUUCCCGGUUGUAAGAUGGCCGACAACAAGCUUUAUGACAUUCUGGAGGUGCCAAGAACAGCAAAUGACGGCGACCUGAAGAAAAGUUAUCGCCGCCUUGCCAAGGAGUACCAUCCCGAUAAGAAUCCUGAUGCUGGAGAUAGAUUUAAGGAAAUUUCAAAUGCCUACGAAGUGCUUUCAGAUCCAAGGAAACGUUCCAUAUAUGAUAGAUAUGGGAUGAAAGGGGUACAGGAUGGAGGGCAUGAUGGAGGAGGUGUUGGAAUGUUUCAGGCUGAUGAAUUGUUUUCGCAUCUCUUUGGUGGAGGACUUUUCGGCGGAUUUGGAGGUGGGCCUAGACGUCGACAUAGGCCUGAGGACACAGUGUUGUCCUUGGCAGUCACAUUAGAAGACUUGUACAAUGGAAAGACUGCCCAAGUGCCAUUGGACAGGCGCUCAUUUUGUUCAGUCUGUCAAGGCAAAGGAUGCAAGACUGGUGCAAGAAAGGCGUGCCAGACAUGCACCGGCACUGGCUUGGUGUACGUAUACAAGGAAAUACCGUCUGGCUCGCCACAGAAGCUCAAAUCCCGGUGUCCUGAGUGCAUGGGUGCCGGUAAUUUUAUGUGCGAAGACGACAAGUGCACAUCCUGCGAUGGCCAGGGCGUGCAAAUUGAGCACACGUUUGUGGAAGUGCAAAUUGACAAGGGAAUGACCGCCGAUGCCAAGAUGUACUUUCGUGGUGAUGGAGAUCGUACUCCUGGUUAUCCUCCGGGAGAUGUUAUCGUUUUGCUGUCAAUGAUUUACCAUGAUGAUUUUGCAAGAGAUAGGGACAAUUUGUCUAUUGAUCGAACCAUCACAUUGGUAGAGGCGCUUUGCGGUUUUACGAUGGUGAUAACCCACCUGGAUGGUCGUGAGUUAGUGGUGCGACAUCCACCGGGAGUCGUCAUUAAACCAGGCGAUAAGCGGGUCAUUGCUGGCGAGGGCAUGCCGGUUCACAAGACUCCCGACCAGAAAGGAAACAUGUUCAUUGCCUUUGACGUGGAAUUUCCGCCUAACAAUUUUGCCACGAUCGAUUUGCUACAGAAACUCGAGGAGUUAUUGCCAUCACGAGAAGCGUUUGUGAUGCCAGAAGGCGAACACGUGGAGGAGGUCGAAUUGUUGGAGUUUAAACCAGAACGUAAGCCCAAACGAUAUUCAUCAGACGAGAGCGACGAGGAUGGCGGCUCUGGUCUGCAAUGCGCGCAACAGUAGUAAUUUAUUUGUAAAUAUGUAUUUAUCACUGUUGUUUGAUUAAUAGCAUCAUUUUUUGUAUUUUUUGAAAAUACACAAAGCAAAUUACCAAA